ACAAUUUCUUCAUCAAACUGAGCUUAAACCCCACUGAGAGGUUACCCUGCUUUGUAAAAGCUGCAGCCUCUGAGGUUCUGCAGGCGGGUCUGGGGUCUCCUGGGGGUGCAUAUCCAGCCCCUUUACACCUGGGGUUCGCAGUGCCGGAGCCUGUUCUGACCUCUGUCUGCCUCACCCCAAUCUGGGGCCGCCUGGUUCCAGCGGCCAAAACGCGUCUCGGCACCUAAAAUUUUGAAAAUACUGGCCAAGUUGGGCACUGGGCCUUUCUCCGGUUUCCAGUUGUCCAACGCUGUUUCUGGGUGUCAAGUUUGGGGGACCCCAAAACGAGGUGAGGGCGCUGGGCUUCAGCGAACUGGGGCAAAAACCCGGAGCCCUUCCAAACUCCGGGCGACGCUGGUGGCGGGCACAGCGCAGGGAGUUGACCAAGAAGCAGAGCCAGACCCUCCAGCACCUCCGGGCAGCCCCGCCCCCUCCCUCUCACAGGCCACGCCCACCCACACCGACCAGUCCCGCCUCUGGCCUGCCUGCGCCCGAAGACUUCGCCGCCGCCAUCUUUGUUAGGGGCAGCCGGGGCCUAGGGUCUGGAGAUGCCCAAGUCCUGCGCAGCCCGGCAGUGUUGCAACCGCUACAGCAACCGCAGGAAGCAGCUCACCUUCCACCGGUUCCCGUUCAGCCGGCCUGAGCUCCUGAAGGAGUGGGUGCUGAACAUCGGUCGGGGCGACUUCGAGCCCAAGCAGCACACGGUCAUCUGCUCGGAGCACUUCCGCCCCGAGUGCUUCAGCGCCUUCGGGAACCGCAAGAACCUGAAGCACAACGCCGUGCCCACGGUGUUCGCCUUCCAGGACGCCACGCAGCUGGAGAGGGAGGACACAGACCCGGCCGCGGAGGGCGGAAGUGCUGACUCCGGGAAGGACAAGGUUCUUCCUGAGGAGGGCGCCAGGGAUCGAGGCCCGGGGAGGAAGACGGACUCUGCCUCGGAAGCGCUGCAGCCGCCCCCCAGCGCCAGAGCCCCUGCAGGACAGGCCCCGCCCCCAAGACCAGAAGCAGCAGAGACGCCUGCGCAGUGGGCCGGCCCCCCACACCCCUCGGACCACAGCUACGCCCUGUUGGACUUGGACGCCCUGAAAAGGAAACUCUUCGUGGCGCUGAAGGACAACGAGCGGCUGCGGAAGCGCCUCAAGGCCCAGCGGCUGGCGAUGCGGAGGAUGUGCAGCCGCCUGCGAGCCCUGCACACCGGGCGUCUGGGGCCCCGGGCUGGGCCGCCGCGGGAGCCGCGGAGCUGAGCCGGGCCGCCCGGCUCUCUCGCCCGAGGCCCCGUAGACGGGCCGCCGUUUUGGGGCUCUGAGUGUGAGUCCUUCUGCCCUGCUGCCGACCCUGAGUGGCAGAGAGGCACGCCGGGCUGGGACCCUGGCGAGGAGCCCAGCGCAGCCUCAGGUGGAGCUUGGCAUCAGGCCGUGAGGGGCCGGGGCUGUGAGCCCGAGAACCCCCUGGUUGUCCGGGGGUGACAGCCCCAGCUGCCCUCUCUCCACCAGCCAGUGUCCUUGGAACUACAGCUGCUGGGCUAGAGUGGCAGACACUCCCCCAGUGGGGCAGCUGGGUCUCCCCCAGGAGGGUCCAGGUGGGUGGGUUGCUCCCACCCACAGCAGACGGGGUGACAGCCAGCUCUCGGGCAGCAGCAGUGGCCCUUCCGUGGCCUGGACAGCUGGCUCUCUGGCCGGGGCUGGCCUGUGUUCUAGGACGGCCCCUUCCUGGGCUGGUUUGCCGGAACUUCGGAAUAAAGUGUUUUCCGACACUGCA